CUUUAAUCAAACAUUUUGCGAUAUAUAGUUGAACAAUGGGUGGCAUGGGGUUGGCGCACCAAGUCCUUUUCCAAUACAAGAAUAUCGUUGCAUCAUGGCUGGAUUUAAAUGCCCAGUUAGGAAGCAGGUGCAGAGAUGCUUGGAUGACAUGUCUGUACUCAUAACAUGGUAUCAUGGUACACAUAACCAUCCACUUCCAACUCCCAUGGCCUCCACCGCUGUUUCAGAUGAAACCUCUAGUUUCACCCAAUCAUCCCUUCCGCUUCCUUAUCAACCUUACCAUGGUUCUUAUCUGAUAAAACGGUCUUCUCAUCCACCAAACAUCAGAUGCAUAAACCCUAACGACCCUUCCAAAGGAAUUGUUCUUGACCUUACAAGCAACUCUGACAAUCCACCUCAAUUUCAAAUGGACAAUACACCAGUGCGAUGCCAAAACCAAAACCAGGCUCCAAAGAUUCCAGUCGUCGAAGACCCAAACAAAGAAGUCCAAUCAAACUCAUCCACAACAAGUACCUCAUUUUCUAGACCUCAUUGUAAUUACGACGUUUUCUUGAGUUUUAGAGGUGAGACUCGUGAAAACUUCACUGAUCACCUUUACUCCGCUUUAGUACGACUCGGAAUUCGCACCUUUCGAGAUGACGAGGAACUUCCAAAAGGUGGGAACAUCUCAACCAAACUUCUCAAUGCGAUUCGAGGAUCCAAGAUUUUCAUUGUAGUUUUCUCCCAAGGCUAUGCUUUUUCCAAGUGGUGUCUUAAUGAGCUUGUGGAGAUCGUGCAGUGUAAGAAUACCAUAGGCCACACUCUUCUUCCCAUAUUUUAUCAUGUGGAACCCUCGAAUGUUCGAAGGCAAACUGGAACUUUUGCAAAAGCCUUUGCUAUGCAUGAAGAGAAGUUUCAAAAUGAUAUGGAGAUGGUGCAGAGGUGGAGGGAAGCUCUUACUAAAGCUGCAAAUUGUUCUGGUUGGCAUCUCUCGAGUCUUGCAAAUGGGUAUGAAUCAAGAUUCAUCGAAAAUAUUGUUCAAGAAAUUUUGUGUAAAGUGAACCCAGGUCUCUUGGAUGUUGCCAAACACCCAAUCGGAUUAAUGUCUCGUGUUCAUGAUAUUAAAGAUUUAUUAAAUCUUGGAACAAGUGACGUCCGCGUUGUGGGCAUGUAUGGAAUGGGUGGUAUUGGUAAAACAACCCUCGCAAAAGCUGUCUACAAUGAAAUAUGUCUUGAAUUUAAAGGAAGUAGUUUUCUUUCAAACUUUAAAGAAAGCUUAGAAAAGUCCAAUGGCUUAGCUCAUUUGCAAGAAAAACUUCUUAAUGAUAUCUUAAAAAUGAAGUUGAUGAAGAUUGAUAAUGUUGAUGGAGGAGUCAAUAUAAUUAAGGAAAGAAUUCAUGGAAAAAAAGUUCUUCUUGUUGUUGAUGAUGUGGAUGACUUUGAAAAGCUACAGUCGUUGGUAGAAAAGGAAUGGCUUGGUCCGGGUAGUAGAAUCAUUGUAACCACUAGAGAUGAACAUGUGUUAAGUCCAUUGAGAGCGGAUAAAAAAUAUAAGGUCAAAGAAUUGAAUGAUUCGGAAUCGAAGCGACUAUUCAGUUGGCAUGCAUUCAAAAUGACUAAUCCAAAAGAAGGUUACUCGGAGCUUUCAAUUGACGUAGUUGCUUAUGCCAAAGGUAUUCCAUUAGCUCUUGUACUUUUGGGUUCUUUUCUGAAAGAUAAAAGCGUUGCUGAAUGGGAAAAUGAAUUGAAAAAAUUACAAAGAACUCCUUAUGUUAAGAUUCAAGAAAUUCUUCGAAAAAGCUUUGAUUCACUAGAUAAGUACACAAAGGCCAUAUUUCUUGAUAUUGCAUGUUUCUUUGUCGAUAUGGACAAAAAAUACGUCGAGAGAAUACUUGAUGGUUGUCAAUUGUUUCCAACGGUUGGUAUCCUUACGCUCAUUCAAAGGUCACUUGUGACAAUUGAUGACAAAAAUAUUUUGAGGAUGCAUCAUCUUAUUCGAGAUAUGGGAAGGGAGAUUAUUAAUGAAGAGUCACCCAAUUUGCCAGGAGAACGUAGUAGAUUGUGGUUUCACGAAGAUGUCUUUAAUGUAUUGCGCAACCAUACGGGAACGAAAACAGUUGAGGGUCUCAUCUUAGAAGUAUCUGAAGAUGUACGCUUGAUCGAAACUACAACAUUUACAAAUAUGAAGAAUUUGAGAUUGCUCCAAAUCAAUGUUGUACAACUCACGGGAUCCUAUAAGCAUCUCUCUAAAGAGCUAAAAUGGCUUUUUUGGCAUAAGUGCCCCUUGAAAUUUCUACCACAGAAUUUUCAUCUAGAAAACCUUGUUAUUCUUGACAUGCAGUAUAGUAAUCUCAAACAAAUUUGGAAGAAGAACAAAAUACUCAACAAGUUGAAGGUCCUUAAUCUUAGCCAUUCCAAAUAUCUCAUCAAAUUACGAGACUUCUCUGAAGUGCCACAAUUGGAGACACUAAUACUUGAAGGUUGCACAAGUUUGGUUGAGAUUCACGAGUCCAUUGAAUGUUUGAAAAACCUUGUUUUGCUGAAUUUAAAUGGAUGCAAGAGUCUUAGGAAUCUUCCAAGCAGCAUUUCUAACUUAAGAUCUCUCAAAACUCUUGAUUUGUCUAAUUGCUUACAAAUUGACAAGUUACCAGAUCAAAUAGGGAAUAUGAUUGCUUUAACAGAGUUACUUGCUGAUGGAACUGCUAUUAGGCAAUUACCCUUCUCCUUUGGUGGUUUGAAGAAUCUUGAGAUUGCAUCAUUAUCAGAACGUAAAGAAUCAUUCUCAAAAUCUUGGUUGCCACUUCUCUCGUCAUUGAUGUCACCAAAAAGCUUGAACCCAGCAUGUUUUCUACCACCUUUCAUUUCUGGAUUACGUUCUUUGACAAAACUAAAUCUCUCUGGACGCAAUUUGUCUGAAGAUGGGUUUCCUGUUGAUUUUAGGAGUUUAUCUUCACUCAAGCUUUUGGAUUUAUCAAGAAAUAAUUUUUGUAACCUACCUGAUUGCAUAGGUUACCUUCCAAUAUUGUACGAGUUGCAUUUGAGUGAGUGUACGUCUCUUAAAUCAAUUUCUGGACCCUUCGCAAGUUUAGGUAUGUUGAAUGCAACUAUUUGUACAUCAAUGGAACGACUCUCAAUUUCGUCGAACCACAAGAGAGGACUACUUUUUGACCUUCGUUAUUGCCACAAAUUGAUGGAGAUUCAAGGCUUGGAGAAUUGGGAAAUUUCUACUAAUCAAAAUCAAUCAUAUGAUUUUAGGAGUCCUCUCCAGGUUCCUCUCUCUCUCUCUCUCUCUCUCUCUCUCUCUCAUUUUAUGUUCUGAACAUAUUUUUUUUUUGUUUUGAACAGUGUCCAUUAACCAUGGGCGAUGAUGAAUCUCGUGUCAUUUGCGUACCUGGUAGUGAGGUUCCAAAUUGGUUCAGCCACAAGGGAACUAGGAAUUCGAUAUCCUUCCAUGUACCUUCAAUUUCAAAGGGUCAAUUCCCUCGGUUGUUUGUUUGUGUUGUUUGUCCAGUUUAUGCAACCAGAGAUAUCAGGGGAUUUCGUUACAGUCCUUG